AGUGAAAAUUUCAUCACCGUCGUUGACAGUUCAGCCAAAAUUCUCUAGCUCCACAAAAUUCGCCCAGCCAAAUCUCAAAAUUAUCUAAACUACAUUUUUUGUUCACUUUUGAUCAUUAAAAGUCAUCGCUUAACGUUCAUCGGCCAUUCGAGUGGAAAUUUGUGAGCUCGAGCAGGAAUAUUCAAGUGAAUUUUUAGCUCUUUUCGAUUAAAAUAGCGACCGGAUAGCCUGAGAUUCGUCGUAGUAACGAAGCGAACCCCUGCGAAAACGGAGGCCAACUGCUCGACUUAAUUGUCGACCACUGUCAAUAUUAGCGCCAUCGCAACUGCUGGGUGUGGGCGAAUCUGCGCCCCGCCACCGGAGCCAAAAAGCAGCACCCUGAAUUUCUCGUCGUUCAAAUCGAGCUUCACUUCCAAUGUUAAUUUCCUGAAGAGAAGAUUCAGCUCGGGAGACUUGUCUUCCGAGGUAGACGAUGUCGAUCCGAAUAGCCUGCCGCCGGCGGCGCGGCCCAUCCAAGAUCAGCCGACGAAGCCGCCGGUUGCCGGCGGACCGCCGAAUAUGCCGCCACCGCCGGCUCCCGGCCAACCGGCCGGAGCUGCUCCGGAGCUGUCGUUGAGCUUUGGCGCCGGCAAAACCCCGGCGACGGCCGCACCUGCUCCACCACGUGGUGUCAGUGCGCCGACCAGUCCGGCCAAGUCGCGCGAAAGCCUGCUGCAGCGGGUGCAGAGCUUGACCGGCGCUGCCCGGGAUCAGGGAGCCUCCAUUUUGGGAGCUGCGGUUCAGAGCGCCACACAACGGGCACCGGCAUUCAGCAAGGACAAGUACUUCACGCUGCUGGUUUUGGAUGACCAGAACACGGACUGGUCCAAAUACUUCCGGGGCAGGCGCUUGCACGGCGACUUCGACAUCCGAGUGGAGCAGGCCGAGUUUAGGGACAUUACGGUGGUCUCCAGCGCGGACACCGGACCAGUUGUCACCAUGGCCGCCUAUCGCAGUGGCACUCGGGUGGCACGUUCCUUCCGCCCGGACUUUGUGCUCAUUCGUCAGCCGCCGCGCGACGGAUCCAGUGACUAUCGUUCCACGAUCUUGGGUUUAAAGUACGGCGGAGUGCCCAGCAUUAAUUCGCUGCACUCUAUCUAUCAGUUCCAGGACAAGCCCUGGGUAUUUUCGCACCUGCUGCAAUUGCAGCGACGCCUCGGACGCGACGGCUUUCCACUGAUCGAACAGACCUUCUUCCCCAAUCCACGCGAUUUGUUCCAAUUCACCAAGUUCCCAAGCGUGCUGAAGGCUGGACAUUGCCAUGGCGGAGUGGCCACCGCUCGCCUGGAGAACCAGAGCGCCCUGCAAGAUGCCGCCGGAUUGGUGAGCGGUGCUGGUAACGAUUCCCAUUGUUACUGCACCAUCGAGCCCUAUAUCGAUGCCAAGUUCAGCGUGCACAUCCAGAAGAUUGGCAACAACUACAAGGCGUUUAUGCGCAAAUCCAUCACCGGCAAUUGGAAGACCAAUCAGGGAUCCGCCAUGCUGGAGCAAAUCACUUUAACCGAGAAGUACAAAAGCUGGGUGGAUGAGAUAUCCGAGCUCUUUGGCGGCAUGGAAGUAUGUGGUCUCUCCGUGGUGGUGGCCAAAGAUGGACGAGAGUAUAUCAUAAGCGCCUGCGACAGCACAUUCGCCCUCAUCGGAGACACCCAGGAAGAGGAUCGCAGGCAGAUCGCGGAUCUGGUGUCCGGACGGAUGCAGAACGUCUGCCGUCCCAGCAUGGCGCAGACGGGUCCGGGCAAGUUGCCCUCCCGCUCCUCGGUCUCUUCCCGAGCAGAGAGUCCCACGGACGAGGGCGUGGCUCCAACACCACCACUCCCAGCUGGACCAAGACCCGCGCCCAUGGGUGGACCACCACCGAUACCGGAGCGUACCUCACCCGCCGUGGGUUCCAUUGGGCGGCUGAGCAGUCGCAGCAGCAUUUCGGAGGUGCCGGAGGAACCCUCCUCGUCGGGACCCAGCACAGUGGGUGGGGUGCGUCGUGAUUCGCAGACUUCCCAGUCGUCGACCAUUUCUUCGUCGGUGUCGCGAGCGGGCCAGAGGCCACCGCAGACUCAGAACUCCGUGGUGGAGGAUGCCGAGGACACCAUGAAGAACCUGAGGAAGACCUUUGCGGGGAUCUUUGGUGACAUGUAGGAAAUCGCUAAUAAGAAGCGCGGCAGAACGGCCAGCGAGACGAGCAGCGGCAGCGGGCCAGGAAGUGUGCCUAGCAGCGCGGGUCCGGGGAGCGGAUUCAGUAGCUCCUUCCUCGGCAAGCAGUUCUCGUUCGCCGGCAAGGGGGAGGGCGUGAUCUCCACGCAGCCCACACAGCGUCCCAGCGAGGAGCCCCCAGCCAUUCCGACGACGGCCAGCUCAGCCGUCCGGCCGGAGAGCAGCGUUUCAGUUAGCGAUUCAAGAAAUACGGAUACACUUACGGAAAGAGCGGGUGCCGGCUACCAGCCGGUCACCAAUUACGAGCAACAGGAGAGGGUCAAUCCCUUUGAUAAGGAGCCCAGCAAGUCGGGCAGCGCGGCCAGCAUACACACCUCGUCGUCCUCAUCGAUUUCAUCGUCAUCCAUCUCGUCGCGCAUCAAUCGCAAUGGCAAUGCCAUCCAAUCCCCGCCCCCACCGGCGGGUCCACCACCACCGCCGCCCACCAAUGUCACGGCGGUGGGCAGCAAUGCCAAUAGCUCCAGUGGCUACAGGAACAGCUUUAGCAGCUCCCUUAGCAAGGACAAGACGAGCUAUGGCAAUUAUGGCAGCACCACUUCGGUGGAGACCAUCACACGAAUGGAUACGAACACCACAAACAUAGGAGCCACUGCAACGGAAGCUGGAGAAGCUAGUGGUGUAACGGCCAUAACCAAUAUCAGCAAUAGUGACGGAAUAGUGGCUCCAACCACGGGAACCAUCACCACCUCGGUGACCACCAACGACUGGAGAUCGGCCAUUGGUAUGCGAUCGGCCAGUGUGUAUAGUGCACCCGCUGCAGUAACCACUGUGUUGCCAGGAGACACAUCCGGCUACGAUUCCAACUCGAUUGCCUCGCAGGGCGAGGGUCUGAACAAUCCAAGCGAUCUGCCCUCGUACACCAGACCAUCGUACUCACGAUCAGAGAGCAAUGCCUCCAAGCACUCGGAUCUGGAUGUAAUUUUCGGAGACAGCAAGACCACCCCGGCAUCCUAUGGAAAUGGCAAAUACACCCGGGCCGCAGGAUCUAUUUCGGAUGCCGAUAUGAUUUUCGGAGGGCCACCAUCGAACUACAAAACCGAUCGCUUCGGGGCCUCCAAAAGCAUGAGCAUGACCUCCGGCGGAGUGGGUUCCGGAAAUGGAUCCGGAUCCGGAUUGGGGGGAUAUAAGAUCUAUGAUAGCAUUCAGAAUGCGGCAUUCAGCGACUUCAGUGACUCGGGCAGUAUGAGCAGCAUUGGAUCGCAUACCAAACGCUGGAGUGCCAGCAAGGAGGAGGAUGAUGAACUGGACUUAAAGUAAAUCCAAGGGAAAUUCAAAAGUAGAACUAUCAGAACUACAGAAAACAUUCACACACACACUAGAGCAACCAAACUAUUGAAUUCUAUCUACUUUCUGCCUCUGAAGUUUCCUGGUUUCAUGGGAAAAACACUAAGCAUAUACUCACUCACACAACACAUAACUAUUGGGUUACUAUCGUUUCCACUGUCAACUAUCAUGAUCGAAACACUUUCCAUCUUUCAUCUGCCAUAAAAGCAUCAAUGAAGAAAUUAGCAUAAUAUGCUAUUUAGACACUGUAGUACACUACUAAAACAUAAAUAUAACCACCAAUGCAACAACAAUAAUGCAAUGCCCAUAAGAUAUGUGCAAUGAAAUGUCGCCGAUUGACUUGACUGGUUUUGCAGUGCGAUAAGAACGAGGAACCUAUUUAAUUACCAUACUUAUAAACAUUUUGAAACAUUUUCCAAAGCAACAAAUUAUAUAUUAAAUAUAUUAUUGAGAAAAAUAUUGAAUUAUAUACCGACAUAUUAAACCAAUUGAGAGUUGACGACAUUAAAAGUAAUCGCAAGCAUAUAUUACGUGUUAACCUGCUAAUAAAUCAAUGGGAAAACUUUUAAAUAAAUCGAAUAUUAAUAAAUCUGUUAUAUACCAACAUGAGACACAUAUGAAAUCCUAAAAACUAUAAAAACUAAAAAAUAAAAGACAAUAUGCGCAACGUAUAACAAACAACCAAGCGUUUAAUACUAAUACAUACGCGAUCUAAUUAUAAUGGAUAAAUUAGUUAACGAACUACAUGUAUUCGGAAAUUACUAUGAGCAAAUGUUACAUAAAGAACACAAAGACACACGAGAGUGGAAGCAACUCACACACAAAGUAAAUGUUUAUUACCACAAAUAUUAUGAUUAUUAUUAUGAUGUAUUAGCAGUUAAUGUUUACAAACUCGAAAGGCCCGGAUCGAGGGCCUCGAAGAUAUGGAAAGAUAGAAAGUACCAAGCAGGACGACAAGCAAUGUUAAUCUAGUCUGAACCAACUGGACAACAAUAACAAACCAAAAAUAUAUUCGAAAAUGUAGCGAUCCCAUGCGAUCAACAUAAAUUUACACGGCUUAGUCGGUACACGAUCGAAGGUCGAGAAAUGAAGUGAAAUGAAAAUAGAGGCAAUGGUAUCGACGAAUAUUUAGAUAAUAUACACAACAAAAUAUAUAUAAAUGUUGCAAGCGACAACAACGAAGUCAUAUUAUGCGUUCAAGAUAUAAACAAUAGCUUCAAUUGUUUAGGACUUUGAUUUAGCGACAAAUGUUUAGUAUUUUGGUGUUUUUUGUUACGCACAUGUUUAAGCAUUAUUUAGAGCAAUAGACAAUUUUACAUAUGUUGAAUUUAAAAUAAUAGUUGAAGUCGUUUCAAUUGGGUUGUAUACUUCUCUCUUUUAUCAACUACAACUUAAUGCAUUAGAGAAUUCUAAAUAUCGUUAUAUGCUGAGGAAUAUAGCGCAAGUAUACUUGAGAACUUGUUAGUUUACCAACUCUCUUCGAUUUUAGUAGAAUCUGCAUUUGGAAAUGCUACCAAUAUUUUAAUCUAAACAAAUUUACAACUAUACAAGAAUAUUGAAUAACAAUUGUUUUUGGUUCAGGGCCAAAACCCGGUUAUUUCAUGCUAUAUCAUCCUACCAUUUAUAUACAAGUAAAUAUAUUAAAAUAUGUAUGUAAUCUUAAGUAAAUCUUUGGCUACAAGUACUUUUUCGUAAUCGUAUACAUCAUCAUUUUAAUCAAACUGGCACAUAUUCACGGAAUGUUUUAUAAACAUAUAUUUAUUACGACAAAUGUAGAACAGAAAGUACAUAAAUAAAUACGGGCAUCACUCGAGGAAUUCGAAAAUCAUAUAUCAUGGCACUAGACCCACAACUCACUCACCCCAUAACAAUAUCGUGCAUCAAAUGAUCAGAAAGUGCUGAAAUACAUAAAUUGAAACUCAAAGGAAAUACUCAAGGCAUAAGGCAUAUAAAACUUACACACGACUUCUAAUCUGUUGCAAAAUAUACCAAAUAAAUACUCGUAUUAUUGUGAAAGUAUAGCAAGAAAUAUGUACUUAUAUGUUGUCUGUAAUUUAUUCAACUCCCCCUUGAAGUCUCACUUCCCCAAAUUCAGAAAGUAUAAAGAGUCUGGGCUACACCCACUCAAAUUUACUGCAAAUCUCUCUAUAUAUAUAUAUAUAUAUAUAUGUACUACGAAUUAUUCCAAUGAACAGCGGCAACUGCAAUGGCUAAGAAAAACAAAAAGCAAAACCAAAGUAACAAUAAAUGAGUUGAUGAUUGAUACAAAAGU